AUGGUAGAGAUGUUAGAAAAGGAAGUUGCAAUUGUAAACUAUCAAAAGACAAAUCCUAAAACAUUACUAAAAUUGACUGAGAAAUUAAACGAAGAAAGAUAUUUUGAUGCUUAUCUAACUCCAAACCAGUUGAUAAUACUAGAGAACUUUUUGACAAUUGAUGAUAAAGAUAAAAAAUUACAAAUCUGGUACGCAUUGCUAGAUGCAAAUAUAAAAUUGAAUGUAGAAACUGUUGACGAAAAAGAAAGGAAUGAACAAGAAUCUGGGAAGCCAUUUGCAAAAAUUGAUGAAAAUAUCAAUACUGAGGUCCGAGAAUCGCAAGACAUUGCUCACAAUAACAACGCUGAUGAGAACACACCAAAUAGUGAUUCAAUGGAAAGCGAAGAUCUAUCCAAAUUAGAUUUAGAAGAGUUCACUCAACAAAUACAAGGUCCUGAAUUCAUUGGUAAUUUUUCAUUAAAACUACGUUACGUCCUUUGGCAAUGUGCUGUGGAUCUACUAUAUAAUCGUUCAAGUGACUUUGAGGACGAGCAAAAUGAUGAUGAUAAAGACCUAUUAGACUAUGUCCUGCUAGAAAAUGAUGAUAGUAUAGAUGAAAAAAAUGAUGCGAUGCCUCCUAAUAACUUAACCUUUCAUAAUGGUAUUACAUCAAAUAAAGACUCUAGAGAGAACUACGAUGAAGAUAGUGAUUAUGAUUUUGAUGCUGGAGACGUUGAUUCAAAGUCAUCAAAGCCAAAUGAUAAUGAUAAUGAUACAAUUGAAGAUAAAGUUUCGGAUAUUACCGUAGAAUUCAAUGAAAAGGGAGUGUUAGAAAUUAAUAUGAAAGUGUCAAGAAGCUUUUUUAAAAACAUACGAACAAACAAUAUAGAAAAGAUAAUACAAAAUUGGGACAAAAUUUAUCACAGUUUUGAGUAUGACCAGGAUACUAUGCUAAAGAGACUAAGAUUAGAGGAAAAUGAUAAACUAUUGGAAAACUCGAAAGAUAAAAAAAGAUCACAUGAAGAUAUGGUAAAUGAUUCAGAUAACACCAAAAGUAUUAAGGAAAAUGAACAUCAAAUAGUAAAUGGUGAGAAUAAUAGUAAUGAUGACGAUAAAGAUAUAAACUCUAGGAAUGAUAGCAAAAAACCAAGGCAAGACUCUUUAAAUAUUCCAGUAAGUUUGAGCUCAGCAAAUUUAUCAUUGAAGUAUUUGAUGGCUUCCAUUCAAGAAAAUAAAUCAAAAUUAAAUAUAUCAGAUUAUGAAUUAAAACAUUUAAUCACAGAUGUUAAAAAAAAUAGAUCUAAAUGGAGUUCUGACGAAAGAAUUGGCCAGGAAGAACUUUAUGAGGCCUGUGAAAAGGUUGUCAUCGAACUACGUAAUCUCACUGAACAUUCAACACCAUUUUUAAACAAAGUUAGUAAAAGAGAAGCUCCCAAUUACCAUCAAGUCAUUAAAAAAUCCAUGGACUUGAAUACAGUUUUAAAAAAAUUAAAGGGCUUCCAAUAUAAUUCUAAACAAGAAUUUGUUGAUGAUAUAAUGCUAAUUUGGAAAAAUUGCUUAACCUAUAAUUCAGAUCCUUCUCAUUUUCUAAGGCGUCAUGCAAUAGCGAUGCAGAAGAAGUCUCUUCAAUUACUUCCUUUAAUUCCAGAUAUAACUAUUAGAAAUAGAGCUGAUGUCGAAAGAGAACUUGAAAAUAUUGAUAAAGACAAAGAUAAUGACGCAGAUGAAGAGGAAGAAGAUGCAGCUGGAUCAGGAAGGAAAGGAUUGACUAUGGGGUCCCAUGUACUAACAAAUUCCCUUACUCAGGACGCAAACAGCAUCACAAAUGAGAAUAUUACAACUGAGAUUGACUCAGUUAAUGAGACAGCUGAUCAGAAUAGCUUGGAUAAAGAGAGUAUAGACAACACUGUAGAUAGAAAAGAAAAUAUAGCAAAUGAUACAGAACCGGAUAAUGAAUCGACUAAUGAUAUUGAAGCUCAACCGAGUCAGACAGAGGAUCAAGAAAAGAACUUGGAUGAAGAAGAAACUGAAACUGAAAAUAAAAAUGAAUUUGAUAAGAAAACUAAAACGGAAGAUAGUAGCACUAUUGAUGAUGUAGGUGCAGUUGAAGAAGCGGACGAGGAUGAUGAAGAGGAUGACGAAAUAUCCAAUAACGAAUCACGUUCUUAUAUAUCAGAAAAAGAUGAUGAUAAAGAUGAUAUUGAAAUAUCAUUGUGGAAGUCAUUGACUGCUAAAUUAAGAGCUGAUAUUUGUAUUAAGAGAUCAGAUUACUUCAAAGAUGGAUUGUUAAACAAAGAAACAAUGGCCUACCUAAAAGACCCCAAAAAAAUGAAAACGUUUCAUGAAAUUUUUGAUGAAUUUGUAAUCCAGAAAAAUGAAGAAUUAACUAGAAAGCACAAAGAGCAACAAUCUAUGAUGAAGAAUGGAUUUGGGACUUUAAUAAAGCAGGAGGAUGGUGAAAAUAUUCCUUUAGUCAGUAAUGAUGAUUUUAAUGAGGAUAUCAUUGAGAGGGAGUUUAAUGAUUUCGAGGUUGAUAAUGAAUCAUUUCUAAAAGAAUAUAAUAUUAUGAAUUCGAUGCCAACACAACUUUUCCAAGGUAUCAGCUCAAAGAGAUUGGAUAAGGAAGAGAAUGCUAUUGUUCAGAAUAUCUUAAAUGAAAGCCAGCACAAACCAAGUGUAUAUAUGAAUAAUAUCAAAAUCGGUAUGUCUGAAAAAAUUAAUGAAAAUAUUUCGUUGAUUCAACAAAUUCGUCAUAUCUGUCAUAAAAUUUCUCUUAUUAGACUUCUACAAAUAUCUGCUUAUAACCAAAACAAAUCUACAGCACAAGACACGUUGAAUUCUCAUAUUUAUAAAACGAAUUCAAUUGAUAAUGCUUUUGAUUUAGAUCCUGUAUCUCAACUGAAUACUCAUGAUUAUAAGUUAAAUAAAGAUCUUAUUACUACGAUAAUGCAUAAAUCAGUAUCAAAAGUUGCAAUGGCAAAUGGUUUUGAAUCAUCUCAACCUAAUGCCAGUGCUAUUCUCUCUGAGAUUGCUGGCGACUACCUAUCGAGUUUAAUGAAAACUAUGAAAAUUCAUAAAGAGAGUAAUUCAUUAAAUCAAAAAACUGACAACGAAAUUUUACAUUUAUCACUAUUAGAAAAUGGUAUCAGUAAGCCAGAUGAUUUAUAUGUAUACAUUGACACUGAGUUUGUCAAGAAAAAGAAAAAACUAACAGACUUAAAGGCUAAACUAGAAACAUUUUUAAAAGAGUUAUUAAGACCUACCUUACAAGAAUUAUCAGAACGUAACUUUGAUGACCAAAGUCAAAGUUUUGUUACUGGUGAUUUCGCCAGUGACCUUACCGGUGAAGAUUACUUUGGAUUUAGGGAACUAGGUUUAGAGAGAGAAUUCGGUGUGUUAAGUUCGUCUGUCCCAUUACAAUUUCUGACGUUUCAAUCUAAUUCUUCAUCAAUAGAAGCAGCAGUUAAAGUCAAGAAAAUUCAACCUGAUGAAUUGGAUUACCAUUACAAAAAGGUUACUAAAGAAAAUAUUGAUGAUAGCAGUUAUACAGAUCUUUUGAAACCGUUGCUAAAAAAAUCAUAUGACCGUACCAUUGAAUUUCAUCAGAAGGUGGCAAAACUAAACAGUAACAACCCAACCACAGAGGAAAUACCUGAGCCCCACUUAGAAUUACAAGCUGGAACAAUAUUGGAGGAUGAUAAGAUGAUUUUGAAAAAUAAACCAGGUUCUAAAGUCAGAGUUCCACCUACAGGUAAACUCACUACCACCUAUAAGAAAAAACAGGUUGCUAAUGCAUUUUUCUUGCCUGAAGUUGAAGAGAGUGAAAAACAUUUAACAGACCCAUCAAACGGUAAUGGCAUCCAUAUUUUAAAUGAUGAUCUAUUUUCUGAUGAUGCGGACAAAACCUCUAACAGUUCAAAAGAAUUUUCUGAAUAUCCUUCCGCUCACAAUAAUGAUGAUUCAGAACUAGAAAAGCUAUUUGGGGGAGAUGACGACAAUCCCUUACAGUCACUAAAGGAAUAG